AGACAUUUAACCUUGCUAAAUUGCUAUUCUUUGGCUAGACGUGAGGCCGGUGAAGUGACGAUCUCUCCAUCCGGCUCAAAACAAACCUGGCACACAUCUUGAAAUCCUUAGAAGCGGAUGUUUCACCCUGUUAGGAAUCCUAGUGGUGUGUCCAAGGUGGUUUCGUUUGCCGAUGACGACAGCAGUAAUUCCAGCUCUCGCCAGUACUCUCCUGCUGCCCUCGAACAAAUCGACAGUGGCAAGAAGCGCCGAGCUACUCCCGCCGGCAAAUUCAACGCUCUGUUCCGACGCGGGACGCCCAAGACGGGCAAUGCUCCGGAGGCGUCGGCCCGAUCCACAGCCAGGCGGUCCUACCAUAACAGGACGGCCUCCAAUGAAGCGCUCACAACCUCCACCGGAGCUGGAGUGAGGCUGGGGGGACUGGCCACGUUUGAGAACGGGGACUUUGACCUGAGGAGCGACCUGCACAGCCUGACGGAGAAGGGCAUCGAUGUGCUGCGCACCGACCUGGCAGCCCUGGACCUGGAGUGCGCCGAGGAGCUGCGCAAGUCUGUGCACGCCAACUACACACACUUCAUCACCGCCUCCCAGGGCGUAGGGAAGCUGGACUCUGAGAUGGGGGUCCUGCGCAACUACCUGACCACGUCAUCGGUGCUGGUGACCGCGCUCAAGGACGUGGCCGCCACGCGCGCAGCGCCUCUCACAGCUGCCCCCAAACGCGAAGCCGCCACCUCUACCAGCGCUGACAUCGAUUGGACGCAGACCACUGAGGGCCUCAGGUGGGCGGACUCGUUGGACGAGGUUGAUGUGACGAUAGCGGAGAGGCGUCCGCUGGAUGCGCUGCAGGCGCUGCGGCGGGUGGAGAAGAUGCUGACGCGGCCGCCCUCCCCCCAGUCCGACCCCCUCCACCUCAACAAAAUUGUCCAGGAGGCGCGGGCAGAGCGGCAGCUGGGGCAGCUGGAGGAGCGGCAGGCGCAGCUGGCGGCCAUGUGCGAGUCAGCGCUGGUGGAGGCGGCUUCCGGGCACCUGCCGGCGGACGGCGGCGCGAGCGAGCUGCGGCUGGCGGCCGGCGUGCUGGCCUCCGUGGCCGGCAGCCCCCACGCCGCGCACCGGCUGCUGGCCGCGCACUCCGCCCGCCUCAAACGCGCCCAACAAGCCCUGCUUAAACCCCAGAACACCGGUGGGAGCGAUGUGGAUGGGACGGAGUACGCAGGUGCACUGUCACAGCGGGUGUUCCAGACAGUCGCAUCGGCCGCGGAUGACAUGGCGGCAGUCUUUGCUGACGACACACCCGAGCUGUCAUCGCUCUUUGUCGUCUGGGCGCUGCAGGAGACGCAGCGGGGCGCGCUGCUGAUAAAGCGGCACGCGCUGUCGCCGUUUGCGGCGCCGGCGGGCCUGAGCAGCACGGUGCAGUGCUGCAGCCUGGCGCUGGUUCACUGCCGCGCGCUGCAGGCCUCCCACAGCCUCGCCCUCGCACCCUCCCUCCUGCGCGAGCUCUGGCCCGCCUGCGACCAGGUAUUGGAUCGGCGGUUGCGGCGCAUAGCGGAUGAGUUGCGGCUGAGCGUAGCGGACGAGAUUGACCGGAUUGCGGCGCAGGGCCUGCCUUCUUCCGAGGAAACCGGCUGGGCCCAGCUCACUGCCGCCUUCCCCUCAGCAGACAACCUGCUCGAUGAGAUCCAGGCAGUUGUUCAGAUCCUGGCUCCGCUGGCUGGACCGCGCGUGGCAGAGGCGCUGCGCAAAACUGUCAAUGAGAUGUUUGGCGUUUACACCCAAGCGCUGGCGGCUGGGUUUGCAAAGUACACCAGGCCUGACGGCACUCUUCCACCUCGAUUAGGGCCUGCGGCUGAGCCGGCCAUGGAGAUAGCUGCGUCGCUCGUGGAACAAUUCUUGCCAGAGUUGAUGGUGCCACUGGCUGACAAGUGCGGCAGCAAUCUUGAUAUGGCGGAGAUGAUGCGGCUGAUUGACUGCCUGGCUGGUUUAGAUUUCGCAGAUUUUUCGGAUGCCCAGCCGGGCCCCGCCCCCAGUACAGCCGCUGACGGUGGAGGGGUGGGGCCUGGCUACCUGCAGCUGGAGGACUUCCCCAACACCUACACACACCUUUUGCUCCUUUCCACCUCUGUCACCAUGUUUGCCGGCCGGCGCCGUUCUUCGGUCUAUGGCACACAUCAAGACUCUCUUGCCAUGACGCUUUAG